AGACAAGUGGGGUUUAUAUAUCUGUGGAAAGUCCAGGGUGGGAAAAAGAACUGUUGUCUGUUGGAGGCAAGUGUGAUUGUAGCAAUUGGCCAACUUGAUUAGCAUUUAAUAGCCUGUCAGCUUUAAAGCCUGACUGUUCCUGUCUGGGGGAAUCCUUUGUUGGGAGGUGUUAGUUAUCCCUGAUUGAUUCAUGUCUGUAAUUUCCUUGUUUUCUGAGUGUUGUUCUUUAUUUACUGUCCUGAUUUGAGAGUUUUUAAAAUUCUGGUAGCCAGAUUUUGUUCAUUUUGAUGGUUUUCUCCUUUCUGUUGAAAUUGUCCACACGCUUCUCUGUGUAGUCUGACAUGGUGGUUGUGAGAGUGGUCCAGCAUUUUUGUAUUCUCAGAUAAUAUACUGUGUCCAGGUUGGUUCAUCAAGUGCUCUGCUAUGGCUGACUACUCUGGUUGAGUUACCAGUAUUAAAAAAAACUCUAAAAUCAGACAUGGUGGUUGUGUUGUCGGUCAUGGUGGUUGUUACGACUUCAUCAAGCUGGCAAGCAAUGUGUGGAAAGAAAUGCCCAUCAAUCCUGUACUGCAAGAGUUUGCCUUUCCCUAAUUCUUCUAAUAUUUGAUAGCUUUAGUAUACUCAGGAAUGGAAGUUUUGUAGUAUAGUAAGUCUAUACUUUGGUAUGCCUUCUCCUAAUUUCAAUUGGUCAGCUUGAUUAGCAUGGAAGAGCCUGGUAGUUUCAAAGCCUGCCUGGGGGGAAUCCUUUGUUGGGAGGUGUUAGCUGGUCCUUAUCGUUUCCUGCCUUGUAGCUUCGAACCCUGGCUGCUUCCUGCCUGGGGGGGAUCCUUUGUUGGGAGGUGUUAGCUGGUCCUGAUUGUUUCCAGUCUUGUAGCUUCGAACCCUGGCUGCUUCCUGCCUGGGGGGAUCCUUUGUUGGGAGGUGUUAGCUGGUCCUGAUUGUUUCCAGUCUUGUAGCUUCGAACCCUGGCUGCUUCCUGCCUGGGGGGAUCCUUUGUUGGGAGGUGUUAGCUGGUCCUGAUAGUUUCCUGUCUUGUAGCUUCGAACCCUGGCUGCUUUCUGCCUGGGGGAAUCCUUUGUUGUGAGGUGUUAGCUGGUCCUGAUUGUUUCCUGUCUGGUAGCUUCGAACCCUGGCUGCUUCCUGCCUGGGGGAAUCCUUUGUUGGGAGGUGUUAGCUGAUCCUGAUAGUUUCCUGUCUUGUAGCUUCGAACCCUGGCUGCUUCCUGCCUGGGGCAAUCCUUUGUUGGGAGGUGUUAGCUGGUCCAGAUAGUUUCCUGUCUUGUAGCUUCGAACUCUGGCUGCUUCCUGCCUGGGGCAAUCCUUUGUUGGGAGGUGUUAGCUGGUCCAGAUAGUUUCCUGUCUUGUAGCUUCGAACUCGGGCUGCUUCCUGACUGGGGAAUCCUUUGUUGGGAGGUGUUAGCUGGUUCUGAUUGUUUCCUGUAUUGGUGCUUCGACCCCUGGCUGCUUCCUGCCUGGGGGAAUCCUUUGUUGGGAGGUGGUAGCUGAUCCUGAUAGUUUACUGUCUUGUAGCUUCGACCCCUGGCUGCUUCCUGCCUGGGGGGAUUCUUUGUUGGGAGGUGUUAAGCGGCGCUGAUUAAUUGUCAGGGUCGGUGGACACUUGUGUGCGUCUACACUGUCGAGUGAAGGCUUGCACUACCAUGGCUGGAUGCUAUGGAACCCUGGGAUGUGUAGUUUGGAGGGGAAGGUUAAAUGAUGGAAAAGCACAACUCCAGGGCCUGUCAUGGGCUUAAGCGGCUGAGGGGAGAAAGGAAGGGGCCUGAGGCUGUUAGGAAUGGUGGGAGUUGGAGUCCAAAACACCUGGAGGGCCCAGAUUUCUGAUCUGCACUGUAGAGUUAAUGCAGUUAAUAGAAUCAGCCCCGCUCUUCCUCUGCUUUCCCGCACUUCUCUUUCGGGACUCCAAACUUUUCGGCUGCGGCUUGUAAAAAGCCCAGGAUCCCGGCGCUGUUGUAUCUCUAUCUAUUUGGUUGCUAGGCGGUUGCCUGGCUCUGCUCCGCACCCUCCUCUUUUCGCCCCCCGAGACCCGGUCGCCCCCGCCCGCCCGAGCUGACAUUAUCUUUGGGAGCCCGGGCCACAUGACGUCAUGCUGCAGGCGAGCGGGGCUGAUUCAGAGGCGCGGAGAGCGGGGCUCGUGGGGAAGCGGAGCCGGAGAGGCUGAGCCCGAGCAGCAGGCUCACCUGGGACGAGCCUCAAUCACUUGGGUCCUUGGCUGGGAAGGAAGGAGGGCAGGAAGAUCUCUCCGCGCCACGCGGCUUUCUCCCGCGGGAGAGCUUCAACGCGUGGGCGGGGGAAUACCUGCUGUGUCCUGCGUCCCGAUCGCCUCUUGCAACUUCCCGGCAGCAAAGGCAGGCGUUGCUUUCUUGCCUUCCUCCCAAGCCGGCGCUGUUUCACGAAGGGAGCAGGUACCCUAAUUAAUGUGAGAAAACCCUGUGUGGAAACAACAUAAGAUAUUUUGCUUGACGCCUACUCCUUGGUCCAGAUUUGAAGCAUGUAAGCAAGACAGUGUGGUUGUCCUCUCCUGAUAAAUGUAAACUAUUUAUGAGGAAUCAAAGAUGAAUUUGGAGCAGGAGAGGCCUUUUGUCUGCAGUGCCCCGGGCUGCUCACAGCGUUUUCCGACAGAAGAUCAUCUGAUGAUUCACAGGCACAAACAUGAAAUGACUUUGAAGUUUCCUUCCUUGAAAACAGAUAACAUGCUAUCAGACCAAACUCCGACACCAACCCGAUUCCUAAAGAACUGUGAGGAAGUGGGCCUCUUCAACGAUAUAGACUGCUCCUUAGAGCAUGAGUUUAGAAAGGCACAAGAAGAAGAGAACAAUAAAAGGAAUAUUUCAAUGCAUAACUCUGUUGGAGGAGCUAUGGCAGCCCCUGGGCCACAUCAGCUCUCAAAUCCAAGGAUGCCAAACCAUGACACCAGCAUUGUGAUCCAGCAAGCCAUGCCGUCCCCCCAGUCGAGUUCAGUCAUCACGCAAGCACCUUCCACAAAUCGACAGAUUGGGCCUGUCCCAGGCUCACUAUCAUCACUACUGCACCUGCACAACCGACAACGACAGCCCAUGCCUGCGUCUAUGCCUGGGACUCUACCAAAUCCUACCAUGCCUGGAUCCUCUGCAGUGUUGAUGCCAAUGGAACGUCAAAUGUCAAUGAACUCCAAUAUCAUGGGAAUGCAAGGCCCAAACCUCAAUAAUCCCUGUGCUUCACCACAAGUCCCUCCAAUGCACUCUGAAGCCAAAAUGAGGUUGAAGGCAGCAUUGACUCAUCAUCCUGCAGGCAUGUCAAAUGGAAAUAUGAACACCAUGGGUCAUAUGAUGGAAAUGAUGAACUCCCGACAGGACCAGACCACCCACCACCACAUGCACUCACAUCCGCAUCAGCAUCAAACGCUUCCACCUCAUCAUCCGUACUCACACCAGCAUCAACAUCCAGCACACCAUCCUCACCCUCAAGCGCAUCACCAGCAAAACCACCCACACCACCACUCUCACACACACCUGCAUGCUCAUCCAGCACAUCAUCAGACCUCGCCACAUCCGCCACUGCACACAAGUGGGCAAGCACAGGUAUCAGCAGCGGCACAACAAAUGCAGCCCACGCAGACAAUACAACCACCUCAACCCACCGGCGGUCGCCGAAGGAGAGUGGUGGACGAAGACCCCGACGAGAGGCGGCGGAAAUUUCUGGAACGAAACCGAGCAGCUGCCACACGCUGCAGACAGAAGAGGAAGGUCUGGGUGAUGUCACUGGAAAAGAAAGCAGAAGAACUCACCCAGACAAACAUGCAACUUCAGAAUGAAGUUUCCAUGUUGAAAAAUGAAGUAGCACAGCUGAAACAGUUGUUGUUAACACAUAAAGACUGUCCCAUAACAGCCAUGCAGAAAGAGUCGCAAGGCUACCUAAGUCCAGAAAGUAGUCCACCUGCCAGUCCCGCUCCACCCUGCUCCCAGCAACAAGUCAUCCAGCAUAACACCAUUACGACUUCUACAGUCAGCGAUGUCGUAGGCAGCUCUGCUCUCAGCCAGCUUGCAAGUCACAGAACAGAUCUGAAUCCAAUCCUUUAAAGCCCAUUAGAGAGGAACUGCAAUGGGGAGAAAAAGUGAUAGCAGAUCAGAUUGCCUUUCUGUUCAAAGCAGUGUUGUUCUUUCAAAGAUAUCUCAGAACUAAGAGACUCUUCAACCGCUAGAAAGACUAUGAGCUCCAUUUUAUAGUUAUUAAAAAUGUCUUUUAUACUUAGUAAUAAUAAAGGGAGUUAUGCAAUGACUAUGCUAUCAGCUUGGGAGAUACUUUGGUGCUUUCUCCAGUUUCCCGGUACCAGCUGUUUGUUUGUCUGUCUGUCUGUCUGAUUGUUUGUUUUUAACCAAAAUCUUCCUGUACAUAGUCACGUUCCUUCCUAUUUUUGCAGGCUGACCCAAGGGAAACAUACUAUACCGUUGAAAUGAGGCAUAAGAAAUAUUGAACUGUCAUACACAGGCAACUGGGCAUAAUGGGGCUAUAAACACAUGGAGGAAGUUUGGUUGAUAGCAUAAUAAGUAUAUUUGUUUUGCAAAAGCACCAGGGCCUCAAAUACAUUUAUAGCCUUAUGUACCAAUUUUGAAAAAAAUGUAUCCAUGUUCUACACAACUAUUCACUGUAUGGCAGAAUGUUUCAUUGGUCCGUUUCUCCAUAUUUUCCCCCUUUGUCCAACCUCUAUAUCUUUGCAAUUUUGCAUUUGUAAAGUUUCACUUGGAUAUGUUGUGGCAUAGAGUUUACAUUCUUGAGAAUUCUCUUUUUUCUCUUUCUCUCUCUCUCUCUCUCUCUCUCUCCCCCCCCCCCCCCCCCCGAUAUUUUGGUAAUGCAGAUUUCCUUACCCAGCUUAGUAAUAAGGAAAACAUUUGAAAACAUCACAGAUAGUAUGCGUAGUGCAGCAGAUGAUCGAAAUAUUGUGGUUGCAUGGUGAUUUCUUAAUAGAGCCUGGAAAAGUUAUUGUUUUGGGACUAGAACUUCCAGAUACACACACACAUACUAGCCAUAUUGGCUAGAUAAUCCUGGAAAUUGUAUCCCAAAAGUAACUUUUCCAAGCUCUGCUCUCUAUCCACAGUCCUUUCACUUCCCUUCAGUCCCUAAUACUUUUUUUUUGCCUACUCCCAUGAUGUAUACAUGGAACAUUCAUUUAAAAUAUGCAAUAUGCGGACUUUUAGUUGUACAUGGUGUUUUGAACUUCUGUGGAGUUUCCGGUCUCUUUUAUGUGUGAUCCAAGCUCUUCCUUCUGCCUCCUUUGCACAGCAUAUUUGUCUCUUUCCUCUGAAAUAUCUUGUUUUGUCCUUCAUAUAAAAACUCCUCUAAUUUCUAGCUGCUUGCACAAUAUCUGUUAGCUUUCAGGAAACACUAAAACUGAAAGAAAGCCUCCAGGCUCGCCAGCCAUUUGCUCUGAAACAGCUGACUUGGCCAUGGUUUUCAAUAGCCAUGUAUUUACACCUGUACUGGGUUUUUACUUUUUCCACUAAAAGUUUUUUAAAAACCAUGUUUCUUAAUGAUCCUGAGUUAGUAGUUUUUUUUAAUAAAUAGUAAAAGUUAAAAGCAAUUUAACCACAGGUCAAGCCUGCCGGUAAGCCAAGGGGGUUAGGGAGAGAAAGCCUUACAAAAUUGUUUUUUGCAGUUAAAAAAUUAAAACUCAGUGGCAUAGGAGAAAGGUCAGUCUCAUAAUAUCCACACUGUAGUGGCUUUCUUUUGCAUCGUCAGUCACUAAAGAGGAGAAUCGCUAGAGAGUCUUAUUGCAGCAAACAAUACAUUAAGCAGCUUGCUAUAAUUUGUAAGGCUUAAUUUAUUGUUUGCUGCAAUCAGACACUCCUGGAGGAAAAUGUUAUUAAAAUGAAAAGUAUUAAUUAUUUACAUUUAAAAAUUACAUACAUUGAAACCUCAACAACUAUAUGAUCAGAUAUAUAUGAGAUACUCUUCAGCUAGUGAUUUGUCAUCAUACUGUAUAUCGAAAAACGUUUAGAGCCUAACUUCAUUAUUCUCAGAAUAUUGAAGUUGGCCAACCCAUGCUAAACGUAAUGAGAUUAAUGCAAACAGCAGCAAACUAUAUUCUGGGACAUCCCAAUUUUAAACACAAGCUGAAACACCCGGCACUUCUUGUAGACUUUUACCUAUGUGUUUAGCCAACAUGUAUUUUAAGCAGUUUUUAACUGUUGUAAAUUUUACCCAUUUGUGUGUUUAAUCAAUCGGAUAUUGUUAAUAUCAUUAACCUGCAUACCUUGUACACCUAUGGUGCAAUAAGGGUCUUUGGACCAUAAUAAAAUGUUGUUGUAGACAUGAAAAUACAAACUCACAUAGAACCAUCUUGGUGGUUGGUAUCUCCUUUGUCAAGAGAGCAAGAAAGCUACUCUGUCUUUUAGUACAUGUUCAACUAAUUAUCCAAGUCACUAAGUGCACUUGGGUCCUGUACUUUGGAUAGUUCCUUUAAGGUCUGAAAUAAAAGCAUGAAUAGAUUAUAUCACAGCCACUGUUGAAAUGGCCUUUUUUUCAAUGUGUUAUUUUGGGUGUAGAACAGAUUGUAAGGAGUAGCUUUUUUCGUGUCAGGAGCGACUUGAGAAACUGCAAAUCGCCUCUGGUGUGAGAGAAUUGGCCGUCUGCAAGGAUGUUGCCCACGUUAUGCGCGGAUGUUUUUACCAUCCUUGUGGGAGGCUGCUUGCAUGUCCCCAUAUGUAGCUGGAGCUGAUAGAGGGAGCUCAUCCGCACUCUCCCUGGAGUUGGAUUCAAACCAGCAACCCUCAGGUCAGCAAUCCAACCUUCAAGUCAUCAUUCUUGCCGGCACAAAGGUUUAAACCCACUGUUCCAAUCCAAGUCUUUUUCUCCCAUUCUUAUAAUGGGAAUUUCCCUUCCAUUUCACAACUCUACUUGAUAGUCACAUGAGGAAGAUCAGAUAGAACGUACCACUUUCUUCGUUACACUUUAUCUUGAGUAUUCUGUGCACUACAGUUAAAACUGAUUCACUUACAGUCCUUUCUUGCUCUUUUGUCAUUGCAGAUAUUAAAAGAGCAAUUAAAAAUGAUCCCAAUGUGUCCCCCUUCACAUUGCACCAACGAUUUUCAGAAUGAGUUGCAUGCAAUUGACACUGGAUUAUAACUAUCGUAUUGAUCUUGGGUGUUGUUGUGCUUUUCUAUCUCAUUGUAUAAAACUGGACUUUAUGUUUGUUUGAUUUUGUAAAAAUCCCAGGCACUUCCAGUUGCAAUAUAGAUAUCCCAAAGGGCUACACUGCAAUGCAAAAAUGUCUGUUUUUGUCACCCCCUUGCAAGCCAUAUCCAUAUUGUGAAACCCAGGGAAUAUUAUUAGUGUAUAGCCUCCUUCAUUAUAACAAUUGUGAACAUUUACACUUUGCUUAUCCAUGUCGUUUAGUAUACAACCCCUUAUUGUGGUGAAAAAUGAACAGCGGUCAUCAAAAGUGUCAUUCGCUUCUAACUCUUCUUUCCACUAACAAGCUAACUGUGUCUGUCAAAAGACCUUCUUUGGAGGGAAUUUAUAUUUUUAACACAAAAAAAAUAUUUUGAGUGUGUGUGUGUAUACGUGCGUGCAUGGGUUCAUGUGAGUGUGCAUUUUAUAAAGAAAAGCCUUUUAGUUAGACUCUGCUUCUUAGCCAACAAGACUUUUUUCUACAAAAAAAAAGAAGAGGGAAAAAAGAUAUAUAAUGGAUUUAUGGAAAUUCAUGAGGACCAAAGUAAAAUUUAAAACACAACAGGAAUUAAUUUAGGUGUUCACAUAGAAUUUUAUAAAGUAUUUAUUACUAAAUGUUAUUUUUAACAUUCCAUUUAGGCAGCAUUCUUAUAGGGAAUCUGUAUUUUUCUUAGUUAUGCUGGGGUUAAUCCACACAGCAAUGGACUCCUGAACAACUUGAUUUGUGAGCUUUAACCUCAUGUACGUUUCACUGAAACGAAACCAGGAGUUGGCAGUUCUAGGUCUGGUUGGAUUGCCCCAUUAGUUUUGCAAUGCACAACUCUCGGUGUAUGUAUAUGUAAAUAUAUAUAAUAAAAUAUAUAUAUUAAAAUAUAUAGAUAGAUCUCCGUAGAUCCCAAGCAAGAAUUAUCCAUCCUAGAUGGAACACUUGCUGAGGUCUACUACCUGGAAAUGUCCAGAAUUCAGUAUUUUCUUUAAAGCAGCAUCUGCUUUUUUGUAAAAAAUAAAUAAAUAACAAAAAUGUACAAGUAUACAGUUAUUUCAUUUUUGUUGAAGAUGUGCAAAGGCCUGCUAAAGGGAAAUAACCCAUAUAACUGGAACGCUGGCUUUAUGAACAGGCUCCUUACAAGCAACUCCAACAAGGAUCCUGUUCAAUGCUUACUUCUUUUCUAAUAUCAUGUGUGAGUUGCACUAAAACUGCAUUCUUAGUUCUUCUUGGGUCCCUUACUAAAAAGUGUUCUGGUAACUUAAAAAAAAACAUGGAAGCUUGACUGUAUCCUGUAAAGUUAUCUGCCAUGUCUCUGAGGGGAUGGGGAAGGGAAGUAAAAUAAUUGUAAUUUGUGCAAGUGUUAAAACAGGACUUCGACAACGGACCCUUUUGCAACCAUUCAGCAUCUUACUGCAUUUCAAUUAUUUAUGUUAUUUGAAAAUUGCACUUUAGCAGUCUCUCCUGUUUUCCCUUCCCUUGUAAAAUGUCAGCCAUUGAGUUCAUUAAAUGCUUUGACUGGUGAUGAAGUUACCUUUGUUUCUUGCACCAGGUCUAAAGGAGAGCUGCUCAGAGAAGGGGAAUAGGAAAAAGCCAAUCAGUGGUAUGGUUUUAGACCAGAUGCCCUCCCUUUUUUAAUCCUAAGAUUAUCAUUUUUUUAAGAGAAGCUUUUCUCAAAAAAUCUUGAAAAAUGAAACUUCAUUAAGUGCUAAGAAUUCUCCAUUCAAGGUCCAUAGGCCUGUCCUAAGAUCUCUAAUUCCUAGUUAUUCUCUAUGUCUGGAAAAUCACAUGAAAUCUAUCAUGUUUAUAUGUAUCAGUUAUGCUAGGGAGUGUAGCUAUCUGGGGCAAAAUAAUGACAUUUCCCCAAAAAGAAUUCUUCCUUUUGUGAUAAAAAUUUCAUUUCACAUUUAAAACUUUCAUCUUUGCUGCGUUUGCAGACCUUUCGUAACUUUACCUGCCAUUAUCUUUGGAUGCCGAAAUUGUUUUUCCAAUUGUUUAACUGAAGUUUUUUGUUGCUGCAGUAUAAGUUGAUCAACCUUUAUCCAAUAUUCUAAAAUCCAAAAUAUUCUUAACACUUUUGCUUUCUGAUUCAUCCAGAGCCGGUCCAACACUGAGGCAAAUUAAGCGGUUGCUUGGGGUGCAAAACAUACGGGGGCGCAGUCGAGACUGCUUUUUCUGUUGAUUUGUUGUAAAACAUGAUGUUUUGGUGCUUAAUUUGUAAAAUCUUAAUGUAAUUUGAUGUUUAAUAGGCUUUUCCUUAAUCCCUCCUUAUUAUCCAACAUUUUUGCUUACCCAACGCUUUUAUUUUUCAGUGAUUGGUUUGGGGGGGUGCGCACCAAAAUUUUGUUCGCCUACAUUUGAAAAAUACUCUGGAUUCAUCCAUGUACACAAACCUCAUUUCAUACACAAAAUUAUUAAAAAUUAUUAUGUAUAAAAUGAGCUUCAGGUCACGUGUAUACGGUGCACAUGAAACAUAAGUAAAUUUCGUUUUUAGACUUGGGCACCACCUCCAAGAUAUAUAUAUAUAUAUGCAAAUGCAGCUAUUCCCAAAUCUGAAAAAAAUCAAAUUCUUUCUGUUCCAAACACUUCAGAAAAGGGAUGCUCAACCUAUAUAAUUAGGGGUCAGAAUACUUAUUGGAUGGUAACAUCCUUGUUUUGCACCCCAUCGCUAAACCUCUGCAUUCUGGCAUGUCAUAGGUCAGUGGUUCUCAACCUGUGGGUCCCCAGAUGUUUUAGACUUAACUCCCAGAAAUUCUAACAGCUGGUAAACUGACUGGGAUUUCUGGGAGUUGUAGGUCAAAACACCUGUGGACCCACAGGGUGAGAACCACUGCCAUAGGAGAAAAUAAUGUCUCGUUUCUAUUUGAAUUUUUAAAAAAUCAUUGUCCAAAUAUUCAUUUUUAAUUCCAAGCCCAUAUACGUAGCAAUUCUGCACAUACUUGUUUCAGAAUAAAUCCACACUGAAUCAGGUUGGGCUUCAAAUUAAGCAUACAUCACACUGUGCUUUAAUAUCUCGUUGCCUUGCAAAUUACAGCAUCUUUUUAUUUUAAAAUAAUAAGUACAGGCACAUCUGAAGCAAUACAAUGUAGGAGAUUUUUUUUACAUCUAGUCCAAUGAAAGGUGUUUUUUAACCACCUUACUGUUUUGCUUCUCUUCUUAGUCAGUGAGCAAUCGCUUUGGUGGCAAAGUUGUUCACCAAGGUUAAUGUUUUCUAUUCUGAGGGCUACUUCAGCUGUUUAGCCUCAUCCUCUAAAUAACCUGCAAUUCUGACAAGUGUUAUCAGAAGCAAUAUUUGUUUGGGCAGGAGGCUGGAUCUAAUUUUUUCCAUAGGUACAGAAGACCCAUUUAAAUCAGUAGGACUUGAGUUUCUUGAAGACUCACUCAUCUUGUUGAUUUGAGUAGGAUAAUUUGAGUAGGACCAGAGGUUCAUCCACACUACAGAAUUAUAGAACUGCUAUAGCAGUUUAGGGAGAGGCAUUUAGAAGAUUUUAGCCAGAGUCCAUCCGUGCCUCACAAAUCUACAAACCCCAGGAUUCAGUCAGAUGGAACCAUUGCACUUAACAUGGAAUAAUAAUGCCAUAGUUGUGUGGUGUGAAUGGGUCCCUAUGCUAGGAACAAUGUGGCCUCCCUUCACCUUUAAUGUACAGUCUAGAGCAGAUGGGAAUUGCUGUCAAUAUCUGGAAAGCCUUAUGAUCCCCGCCCCAGCAUCUGUCACAUGUAUUAAUAUCUGUGUUGUGCGAAAACUCCUUCUGACAUUUUAGUGUCCCUGUAAACUAUUUACUGGGUGGAGGGAGAGGGUGUCAAUCCAAACUGUUCACUUUGCUCUGUAAUAUGAAUUCUCCUGAGCUGAAAUCUGUUUUCUUUCCAAGUUUUCUUUGGAUAACAACUGAGCAUCAAGACUGUUUACUAAAAAAAAAAAUGCUUAUAAUCUGGAAUACACUAUUUCUAUGCUCUUGUUUGAUAGAAACGAACAUUUCACAUGAUUUUUCAAGUUCUCUUUGAGUGCAUUGUAUUGUUACUUCUGUGUCAAAUGGCAGUUCCAAAAUGUUGCUUCUCAAGUCUGCAAAACUGCCGGUUUUUUCUACGGUAUCUAGUUGUAAAGGUGUCUGUGGAGGGAGACACUAAAGAAGGAAGAGAGUUGAAAAAAUCCUUUCUGAUCGUCUCUAAAAGUCAUUUUAAAAUAUGAUACAAACAAAAAAUAAAGGCGUCUUAUGGAUUCGCAUUUAGUGCCUCUUACUAUUGAAUCAAUAGCUUUGAACAAUAUUGCUCUUUCCCCCAUCCAACACCUUGUUUUACAAACCAAAAAUGUCAGUUUCACAGGUAUUGACUUUUUAAAGAGGAAAAUAAAGGACAAAAUGGAAAAAGUUGGUCUUUCAAAACAAUAAAUCCCAGAAACCCAACUGGUGCAUGCUGGGAAGUUUGGUUCAUAAAAACAAUUCCUUCCAAGAAGGGAAGGGGAUAUUUGUAAAAUAUCUCAUUAAAAUUGAUCUAUUUGCCACCUUGGAAAUUUCAUUCAAAGCAAACUUCUCAUCAGAGCAGUGAGAAUGUGUUGAGACAUUUUAUAUUUGGAGAAUCCCACAAAGUAUUUAAACUGUCCUUGAUUUGGUCCUGCCAUCAAAAGCAAUCCAAUGUGACUAAAGGGUUGUAAGUGAUAUAAAUAAUGUUUUCUAUUUUCUCUGGAGACUUGUUUUAUUUCUCCAUCAUCACCAUUUUCACCCCACCUUUCCAAAUUAUUCCAUUUUAACCUCUGGCUAAUCAAUGCAAGUUGGUUCUAUAAAAUAUUAUUACUCGACUGUAUUGAUUUUUAAAGGAACACUUAGCAUUGAGAAGAGUAAACGCUAUGACAUUUUGCAGGGGGAUUAAAGAGGUUGCAAAGGUUGUUUGCAUUCUAUGCAAAAAAUGUUUGUUUUCUAUAUAUAUUUUUUAAAAAAACCAACAACCACCUCCCUGUCUGGAGGACAACAAUAAAAUUGGUACAUACCUGUAAAUAUGUGCUGCUGCUGUUGCUUUUAAUAUGUUUAAUUUUAUGUUACGCUUCUUUUUGUUGCAUUGUGAACACAUUUAUUACUCAUGGACUAUGAGCUCAUUGAGAUUGUACAACUCAACCCAACUUCUACAUCUCUUUCUAACUUGGAGAGAUUUUGUGCAUUUGUACAAAUGUUAAUAUCACUGCAAUUCCAGUAUAAUAAAGCACUCGAAUGCAAUUAAA